GUAAGUUUAUUGAAACUACUAUUGAAACAGUCAAAAUAUUAUUUCAAAUAGGCCACUGCCACUAUUUGUUCACAACUAACUUUAUUUCUCGUAAAAUAGUAUAGUGUUACAUGCUUUUAAUCUGUCUAAAUAUUAAUAACUAAGAAUAUCUUAGAAGUAAGUGUUUAAAAACUCUGUCCAAUUUUGCGGUUUGUAACCUGCAUUUUCAGAGAUGUGGAGUGCGUUUCAUCUGUGCCGCUGUGCACAACCAGUAAGAGCAAUACAAAGCAAACUUAUUGCUUCUGGAUCAAGAAAUGGUUUAAAUUCUGCAAAACUUCUAACAAGACACCUGUACACACCAUUAAAAAAUGGAAACUGUAAUAGACUACAGAACAGAAUAAGUGAACUGUUGAAAACAAAUCAGAUCUUUAUACGCCUGAGCACAUCUGCCCCUAAGCCAGAAACCUCAAAAGCAGUGGGUUACUGGUUGCUGGGUUGCAGCGGCAUGGUGUUUGCAGCCGUUGUUCUAGGUGGGGUGACGAGGCUGACCGAGUCCGGUCUCUCCAUGGUGACGUGGCGGCUGCUGGGGGAAAAGCUGCCCACCACUGAGGAGCAGUGGCAGCAGGAGUUCCACAAAUAUCAGCAGUACCCAGAGUUCAAGUACAAGAACCGGAGCAUGACCCUAUCGGAGUUCAAGUGGAUCUGGUGGAUGGAGUACCUGCACCGCACGUGGGGGCGCUGCAUCGGGGUCGCGGUCGUGGGGGGCGCCGCGUGGUUCGGGGCGCGGGGGGCGCUCCGGCGGGCCGGCAUGACGGGGCGCGCCCUGGUGUACUGCGCGCUCGUGGGGGCUCAGGGUCUAAUGGGGUGGUACAUGGUGAAGUCCGGGUUGGAGGACCGUUUCCGCGGUCCCACGGACGUGCCCCGCGUGUCCCAGUACCGGCUGGCGGCGCACCUGGGGCUGGCCUUCGUCCUGUACGCGGGGCUGCUGGGGGGCGCGCUGCGGGUGCUGCGGCCCGCGGGGACCGUCUAUCGGUCGGUCAGGGAACUCAACUCCAUCACUGCGCUCGCGCACACGGUCAAGGCUAUGGCGUUCCUUACAGCUAUUUCUGGCGCGUUCGUGGCGGGGCUGGACGCGGGCCUCGUGUACAACUCGUUCCCCAAGAUGGGUGACCGCUGGGUGCCGCCCGACGCGCUCCACCUGCAGCCCGUCAUGAGGAACUUCACCGAGAACCCCACCACCGUGCAGCUGGACCACAGGAUACUGGGCACAACCACCCUUCUGGCCGCGACCGCUCUAUGGCGAGUAUCGCGCACUGUCCCGCUGUCCCCCGCCGCCAGGGGGGUCGCCGUCGCCGUGGGGGCCAUGGCUUGGUUACAGGUGGGUCUCGGCAUCAGCACGCUACUGUGUUACGUGCCGACCCCACUGGCCGCGUCCCACCAGGCGGGGUCGCUCGCGUUACUGUCGCUGGCCAUCUGGCUCACGCACGAAAUAAAACUACUCAAAUACAUACCUAAGUAGAACACACUUCACAUCUCGGAGGCCGUUCGAGUAUUACGUGAGCA